GCCCCGCUGUGCCCCACAGCCGCCUCCUCCCGGUGGUGUCGCCCCCCUGCGCUGCGGCACCCUGUCAGCAUUGCGCCCAGUCGGUACCGCACCCCACGGCUGUUGCACCCCACUGCCGUUGCCUCCCACUGCCGUUGCCCCCGGCUGCUGGCGCGCUGCCACCGCCGCAUCCCAAUAGUUACAUUGGGAGGAGGGGGGGAAGGGGAUAGGCUCCCGAGUGGGACCGCAGGGGUAUCCGGAGGAGCGAGGAGGUGCGGGAGGUGCCGCUGCGGCCGGCGGGGCGGUGCUGCCGGCGCGGCCCUCCCCCGACCCGCCGCGGCCGGCACCGGCUGCCGCGCACGGCCGCGCACCGCCGGCAGCGCCGCCGAGCAGGAACGGCCCGAGCCAGGGAUGGGGCUCAGCACUGUGAAGCUUCAGAGGCCCUCGGCAAGGGAGCAGCCUGCCCAAGGAAGACAGCAAGGGGUUGUGGUCUGACCCGCACAGCCGGUACAGCACCUUGCACCCCGCUGACAGUGAACCUCCUGGAGCUGGGGGUGCUGCUGGCUGGGCGAUGAAGCUGAAUGAGCGGAGCGUGGCUCACUACGCUACCUGCGACUCACCCACUGACCACGCUGGCUUCCUCCGCAAGCGUGUGGAGCGGCAUCACCACCAUACACAUCACCACCAUGCUACCUCCUACCAGCGCCGCUGGUUCGUCCUUAAGGGCAACCUCCUUUUCUACUUCGAGGAGCGGGAGAGCCGGGAGCCCGUGGGGCUGGUGGUGCUGGAGGGCUGCACCGUGGAGCUGUGUGAGGCUGCUGAGGAGUUUGCCUUCGCCAUCCGCUUUGAUGAUGCUGGUGCCAGGGCUUAUGUGCUGGUGGCUGAUGGGCAGGCUGCCAUGGAGGCCUGGGUGAAGGCUCUAUCACGGGCCAGCUUCGACUACAUGCGGCUGGUGGUGAGGGAGCUGGAGAAGCAGCUGGAGGAGGCCUGCAAGAGCUUGGCUGCUUGCCGCCAGUCCCCGCGGAGGUCCUCCUCCUCCAGCAGGAAGAGGCACCUUUCCAACCCUGCCUUGCUGCCUCUCCAGGAGAAGCCUGCCGUCCUGGAGAACGGUUACUCCACGUGGGGUAGUGGUGGUGCUGUCCCUGGGGGGGCCACCUGCCCUGACCGUGAUGGGGGGCAAGCGAAGCCCCCUCCCCUGCCUCCACGCCGGCGCUCGGCUGCCGGCAGCGCUGCGGGGUCCCCGGCGCCUGGCCUCUCGCCAGGCAUGACCGAGAGCCCGGUGUCACCGGAGACAGCCUGUUUCUCCAAGCUGCACGGCUGGUACGGGCAGGAGAUUGCAGUGCUGAGACGGGAAUGGCAGGAGAGGCAGAAGAGGGGACACCCAUGACCCGGGGCACGGGGUGCGAGCCACUGGCCAGCCAAUGCACAGCAAGCUGUCCCCCAUGGGAAGAACAAAGUGAGGGACACUGCUUGUCCCCUGCCCUGGUUGGUGGCUGAGUGUGCGAUGUGUGUGUGCUUCAUGGGGCAUGUGGGAGGGACACGAAUCUUCCCCAAACCUCAUGUUUCAUUUCCCUGAGGCUUUAUACAGCUGGAGAGUGUGUAAUACCAGGGGAGCUGCCUUUGAAUGCUCCUCUGCUGGUGAUAUGAGGUGUGGACGGGGCCCAAAUCAGCACAUAUGCAAUGAACCUCACCCAAUGGGCUUUGUCCCCCGCUAUCUUGGUGUGGAUGAUGCUCUGGGUGCUUCAUUGCCUGCCUUUGCUUCGCACUACUUUUUGGUUUUGUUUCUCAGCAUGGGAGUUCGCACAGGUCAGCAUUUAUUAUUGUCUGUGGUCUUCUGCCAAAUUCCUUCUGCCUUUGCUCUUUCAUGGCAGAUAAGGCUGGGCUCUUACGAAAUGCCUCCAAAGGGCCACUGGCCCUGGAGGUGCCUCCAGCCUUGUGCCUCUCCCCACAGGACACUCUGAGAUGCUGCGGCUGUGGCUGGCCCAGCAGCUGCAGCAAUGAGGACUGGGCUCUUGUGUUGCUGGUCUUUUUUUAACUUCCGUAUGCACUAACCAUCCUCCCUGCUAAAUCCUUCAGGAUGUGGAUUUCAUGGGCUUGCAUCCUUCUCUUUGGGUGCCUGAGAUCAGCAGCAAGGCUGAAAUGGAGACACCGAGCCUGGUCUGAAGCAACAGCAAGGACCAGAAGCUCCCAGGGCUGAUCUGGACUCUUGAGCGGUAGCCAAGCCUGUUAAUAUCUCAAUCUCAAGCCUUCCCUGUUCUAAAACAGGGAUGCUAAAGCCUCUUUGCCUGGGCAGGGGUGAAUUUCUCUGCCCCUGCUAAGUGCCGCAUAGGGCUCAGCCGUCUCACUGGGCAGUGUGCCCGAGACAGUGUCCAGAGCCACAUUCUUGCAGGGCCUCUCACACUGUUGUGGCUCUGUCCAGCUCUGGGCAGAGCUGCGCAGUUGGAGGAGUGGGAAGGAGGAGAGGGCUGCUCCCAGAAGUGGGAGUGUGGGAGUGAGUUACAGGUAGCUCUGACUGCAUGUCAGCAGUGUCUGGGCUUGCCUCUCCGGCGUCAAAGCUGUAUCGCUGCCUUCUACCAAAGCCAGCACCCGACCUGCCAAGUGUUUCCCGCUGAUUUCAUGUCGGCAUCAAUCAGCUGAUAUGUGUAGCAUGUCCCAUCCUCCCAGCGCACGAGGAGGGCAGCGGGGAGGCAUGCUUGUCGCUUUGCUGCAGAAACAGACUUGUCCUUCAGUAGGUCAGAAUCCUUGGCCAUGAAGCAGAUGGUACAAGUAUGUGGGUGCUGUGUCCAGAGGCUCUUAACACCCUGGAGAGGGGGUUUAUAAAUCUUCUCCCUUAUCUUACUGGCAAGGGCUGUUUCUCAGAACUGAAAAAAUACACAGAACAAUCUUGUGCUUCCUAUCUAACAGUGUUAAACCUGUUUUAUUGCCCUGUUUUAUUAAGGAGCCUUGCUAGGAAACCAAGAGGCAGUUCCAGGUCAUGAUGGACAGGAACCUAUUUGCCUUUCUGGAGUUAAAUGCACUCAGCUUGAUACUUUGCAAUAGCCAGUAGAGAUUGCCAAUGCAGAAAUCAAAAGACUUCCAUUAACUCUUGGUGCCUUUGAAAAUAUACCUCUGGUAGUUCUGGAUGAUGAGCUUCCAGCCUCCUGCCUAAUUAUAGCUCGAUGCUAUAUUAGAGGAAAUCAGAUCUUAAAUCAGAUCUCUCAGAUACAAUUCCAGGCAGCGGGCGUGUUACCUUCACAUGCGAGUGAUGCAAUCUAGUCCUCUCCAGUUCGUGCCUGUAUUUCUUCACAGUAAGGAUCUUUGAGUUUGGCAGGAUUCUUUUUAUUCUGCUUUUUUAAGUGAAAACAGUUCAGAAAAACUAGGAGCAGGUGGCCACAGGCCAGUGCCCAGGCUCUGUCAGCAGCCCAGCUGGCUGGACUUAGGGGCCAGCCCUGCAUCCCUACCUGCUGCUUGAAUUGUUCAGUGCUGCAGCAUUCCCAGCUGGAAACCUGUGCCCUUCCUCAUGUCAGGGCAGCAGCAUCAGGGGAUGGCACUACUUGGUGCCUCCUCACUUUGCGUGUGGGUAUUUUAGGACCAUCAGAUUUAGCAAGCAUUUUUCUGUGGUUAUUUUUUCUCUUCCAUGUAAUACAGAGAGAAGAAUAUUCCUGAUGUCUCAGACUUACAUAAGGCAGUUGGAUGGUAAAGAUUUAACUUCCAAAAUCAAUCAAAAUGUGAUGGCAGUUCCUCCAUGAGACCCAAGAAUCAUGAGCGACUUGAAAGGGAAAAUAAAUUAACAAAGCCAGUUCUAUCAAAACUGGAACCAAAACUGUAUUAUUCAUUUAAAGGCAGUUUCACUUUUAAGAAGCUUAGUUUGUUUUAAUAAGCCAGGAUUGUGCUAGUAACACUACUAAAGAGCUUAUAUUUAAUGCUUUAAUCUGUCCCAUUCAAAUGGCACAGUUUGCACACUACCUGCCUUUACAUUAGCACAUAUCCCAGCUAAAUCCUUAAUCCUGCAAAUGAGGCGCUGCGCUCUGCCUUCUGUCUGAUCGCAUUUGGAGUAAUUCUGUGGUUCAUUCUGCCGCGCUGAGAAGGAAAUGGCUGAAUCCCAAUCGGUAUUUGUCCUCAGCCGAGCUGUCCGUGCCUGGGCCUUUGCUAGGUCACCAGAGUGCUGCCUGACUUUGGAUGAGCUUGGUCAGGGCUUCCUCACCAUCCUGCUCACGUAGCAGGGAUGGCCCUUUUGUGAGUAAAAAGAGCUGUAACAGGAGCCCUGCUCAAAUCUGUUUGGGAGUACAGGGUUUUUAAUGACCGCUGCCACUUGCUUCAUUAGGCAAGAAGCACCUGUGUGCUCCGCCACCUCCUCUGAGAUGGAGCUAGCAAACCAGCUCUGCUGAGUCUGGCUUGUACUGGCAGCGCCUUUGGAACAGCCCCUGGGCAGAAGGUCGGGAUUUCAGCUUCCUGAGGUCGCACAUGUAUCUGGCUAAUGGAGCGUCCUGUCAGCCUGCAGGCACAAAUUGUUACAGGAAAAGCAGAGAGUUUUCACUGCACGUUGUCCCCGACAGCAAAAUAAGACUGAUUGCCACACACUGUUUUUCUCCGAUCAUUCAGGUUUCGACUGUUUCACCUCCUGCCUUUGCUUUCCCUUGUUAUUUUUUAAAAAUAGAAAAUAUCUGGGCAGCACAGGUUUCCUAGCAAAAGGGGAACUGAACACUUAAAGCAGGAUGGCUACUGAAGUCAAAUGAUUUUCUAAGAGUUUUCUUUAACAUAAUAACGCAAAAGCGAUGAGACAAAAAUGCUUGAAUUUAAAAGAAACUGAAGACUGAAACAGGGAGGGCAAUUCUGCCAUGGCCUUUGUAAGCUGUGCCAAGAAGGGCUCCCAAUCCUGCUAAAAGAGUUGGUGGAAUCCUUGCAUUUUUUGGAGGCUGGCAUUUCAGGUUGAGACCACUGUUUUGUUUCUGAACAUUUAUCUUUUUAUAAACCAACAUUUUUCCAUCGAAUCCAGGUCCUAGCAGGUUACUGUAAGCAAGAGUAACCUGACGGUUUCACCCGCCGAUAUUCACGACCAAGACCGGACACUUUCCAUUACAACAGCUACCAAAUAGUUUGGAGGUGGGUGUCUCCCCGAUCUUACCCCUCAGCUGCCUUCACAGAGAAGCCUCAAUACCUUGCUGAAGCUCACAGGGAACGCGUGGAGCUCCCGUGUCCGGGGCACUUUUCUCCAGCACCGAGCACAGUUACCGGGCAACACUACAAGCGACCUGCGGAAACACUCUUGCCUGUUUGAAGGGCUUAAUUUUAGGUAGACGCAUAUCUUCCCAAGAGGCGGUUUUGCAUGCGCCUUUGUUUUACAUGCGGAAAUUGUAUUUUGCAUUUCAAGACGUUUGUUAACGUUUGUAUUUUAUGCCGUGAAGCCAAAUAAACCGUUUUGAUUUGUA